GACCUCCAGGAGGCAUAUUUCACAUUUGGAAAAGUUUCACUGCUCCAGUCUCGGUGCUGUUGAUUUAAGGUGAACCUUUUUUGCGUUUUGUAUUUAUUCAAGAUUUUCCUUGUAAGUAUUUUGAUAAUUUUUUGUUGAAUAACGUUCAAGUGGUUUUUGCGAUUCCGUUAUUAACGCAACAAGCUUUAAUUUACAGAACUAAUCGCGUUUUAUUUAACCGAACCACAGCAGAAGAGAAAUUUCAGCAAAGAGAGAAACCAAAAUGUCUAUCCCCACGUGGCUGUUUAUAAUAUCUCUUGCCUUAAGGAUCCAUUCUGUACAGCCAGGCAAAUGCCCAAAGUCCUGCAUGUGUGAUACAAUCAAGCUCACAGUAGCUUGUGUCAACAAGAAUCUUACUGAGGUGCCACCUACCAUUGAUGAGAUAACAGUAAAACUAGACCUGAGAGGAAAUGACCUGCAGGAGCUUCCUACAGAGGCAUUCUCAGGCACCCCUUACCUCACCCAGCUGUCACUGCAGAACAGCAAUAUACGAAGAGUUAAAGAAGGAGCUUUUCGCAAACUUGGUCGACUGGUCAUACUUAAUCUAUCCAACAACAACAUUGAGAUCCUCUAUCAGGAAUCAUUUGAUGGACUUUCUUCUCUGAAGCAGCUACUUAUUGACCGAAAUAGAGUGGAAGAGAUCCAGCCUGGUGCUUUUUCACAGCUUGGCUUUCUCAACCUUCUCUCCAUCACACACAACCAAUUGGUGUACAUGCCUAAUUUAGCAUUCCAGGGUUUGCAAAACAUCAAGUGGUUACGUCUCAGUCACAAUUCCCUUAAUUAUCUGGAAAUAGAGGCUUUUGCCGGACUCUUCACUCUUACUCGUUUAAGCCUGGACAACAAUGCGCUGCAGUUCUUUCCCACUGAGACAAUGACACGACUUCCAGAAGUUACUCGUUUGGACCUCGGCUAUAACCCUAUGACAUACCUUGGAGAGGAGUCUGUAUCCAUGCCCAAGCUCACUCAACUCUUUCUGGAUCACAACUCACUGCAGGACUUUUCAAAUGCAGCUAUCCUGCUUUCUCCUCGUCUAUCUCAUCUAGACCUAAGCCAUAACCAGCUGCGUGUCCUACAGCCAAUGGCCCCUGGCUCUCCCAAAUUAACACGCCUCAAUCUGGCAAGCAACCCCAUCUACUGCAGCUGCUACCUGCGGCCUCUGCGAGAGUGGGCUAUACGAGAGCGCAUUCGUCUGACUGGCACUUGUGGAGGUCCAACACAUCUGUCUGGUGAGAACCUGGGGGCAGUGCUGCCUGCCGAGUUACGUUGUCAGAGCCAGGAGGCCAUGAUGAAGGCUGAACUGGAGGAGCUGAGACGACUUCCAACAUUACCAACAACACCACCUCCAGAUAAAGUCAAAUGUCCGGUCAACUGUGAUUGUGAGGCUCAGAACAAUCAUUCAUCUUGCGAAAACAAGGGCCACACCAAGAUCCCUCGUGGUUUUGCACCAAACACGCGCUUGCUGGAUUUACGAGGCAACCAUUUCCACUACAUCCCUGCAAACAGUUUCCCAGGUACUGCAGAAGUGGUUUCUCUUCAUUUGCAGCGCUGCAAAAUCCACGAUGUAGAGGAUGGUGCUUUUACCGGUAUGAAGAGUCUGGUGUACCUCUACCUCUCCGAAAAUGAUCUCACCUCACUGAGUCCUGAUGCAUUUAAGGGGUUACCCCAUCUCACUUACCUCCAUCUGGAGAAGAAUCGUUUCACACAGUUCCCCAAAGGUGCGUUCAAACUGUUGCCUGGAUUGCUGGCUCUACACAUGGAGAAUAAUGCUAUUACAAAGCUGGAAGCAGGGAUCCUGACAGGUGCUGAGAAACUGAGAGGUCUCUAUCUUACAUCAAACGCCAUCACAACCAUUGCUCCAAAGGCCUUUGAUCCUGCACCUGACUUGGAUACUCUACAUCUAGGCAACAACAAACUGAAUGAGGUGCAAAGUGAAACUUUUUCUAAAGCCCAAAGUCUGACAGAGCUUCAUCUCUCUCGUAACCCUAUUCGCUGGAUAGGAGCUGGAGUAUUCCAGCCAGUUGCUACCACACUUAAACAUCUUUACCUUGAUCAUAUGGGUUUAGAAAAGAUGUCUCGGGAGUCUCUUGCAGGUUUCGGGUCUGGGCUGCGAAGUCUGCUUCUUGAAGGGAACCAGCUUGAGGAGCUUCCUGACUUAAGUCCACUCUCAGGUCUUGAGGUCAUAAACUUGGCAGAAAAUCCCCUGCUCUGUGAUUGUCCACUGCUACCUCUUCGCAAGUGGAUUGAACAAGUGAAUCUGAAGGUGAGAGCUACCUGUGGCCACCCACCAGAACUCAGAGGUCAAAGAGUCAAGGACGUCCAUGUCUUUAAGAGCUGCCCUGGGGAAAACCCUCCACCUGCUCAGAAUCCCAAAAUUACCAAACCAACCAAACGGACUGUAUCCGCUCAAAUCAGCCCUUCAAAAGUUACUAAAAUAGUUCAAGCCAAAGGCCAGACACGCACAAAUGCAAAACCUCAUACCCUGCAGAAAACCACCACCAAGAAAAGGAAGUCAGUGUGAACCUGCUGUAUAUAACUUCUUACUGAUUUUUCCAUAGUAAGUAAACCAGUUUUAUUUAUGCUUGAUUUAUUAUAUGGGUAAUAAAUAAUACUCUAACCAAUGUUGUAAAUAUCAAAAUGCACAGUUAGUAAUCUAGGUGAAUUGAGCUGGAGGUGAACCAUGAUAAGUUUCUAUCGCUUUUAAUGUGCAGUUUUAAUUAACAAUGCUGAUUUAAUGGU